UGAUUCAACGACAAGACUAUCAACCACACAGCAAUUUUCUACAGACAAGUCGACUACACAACAAUCAACUUCAAGAGAGUCGACAACAGAAGAUUUAACAAGCGAAGAGUUAACUACUAUUAUGUCAACUACAAAACAAUCAACAACAGAGGACUCGACUACAGGAGACGGAUCAACUACUGGCGCCUCAACGACACAAGAAUCAACUACAGGUGCAUCGACUACACAAAAUCCCACAUCAGCAAACGAAUCAACAACGGCAGACCAAUCAACGACAAUUUCCUCAACUACACAACAAUCAACAACAGUUGAGUCAACAUCUAUAGAUGAUUCAACGACAAGACUGUCAACCUCACAGCAAUUUUCAACAGACAAGUCGACUACACAACAAUCAACAUCAAUAAUGUCGACAACAGAAGAUUUGACAAGCGAAGUGUUAACUACUAUUAUGUCAACUACAAAACAAUCAACAACAGAGGACUCGACUACAGGAGACGGAUCAACUACUGGCGCCUCAACGACACAAGAAUCGACAACAGGUGCAUCAACUACACAAAGUCCUACAUCAACAGAGGAAUCAACAACAGCAGACCAAUCGACGACAAUUGCCUCAACUUCACAACAAUCAACAACAGUUGAGUCAACAUCUAUAGAUGAUUCAACGACAAGACUGUCAACCACACAGCAAUUUUCAACAGACAAGUCGACUACACAACAAUCAACUUCAAGAGAGUCGACAACAGAAGAUUUGACAAGCGAAGAGUUAACUACUAUUAUGUCAACUACAAAGCAAUCAACAACAGAGGACUCGACUACAGAAGACGGAUCAACUACUGGCGCCUCAACGACACAAGAAUCGACUACAGGUGCAUCGACUACACGAAAUCCUGCAUCAACAGAAGAAUCAACAACAGCAGACCAAUCGACGACAGUUGCCUCCACUACACAACAAUCGACAACAGUUGAGUCAACAUCUAUAGAUGAUUCAACGACAAGAUUGUUAACCACACAGCAAUUUUUUACAGACAAGUCGACUACACAACAGUCAACUUCAAGAGAGUCGACAACAGAAGAUUUAACAAGCGAAGAGUUAACUACUAUUAUGUCAACUACAAAACAAUCAACAACAGAGGACUCGACUACAGGAGACGGAUCAACUACUAGCGCCUCAACGACACAAGAAUCUACUACAGGUGCAUCGACUACACAAAGUCCUACAUCAAAAGAGGAAUCAACAACAGCAGACCAAUCGACGACAAUUGCCUCAACUACACAACAAUCAACAACAGUUGAGUCAACAUCUAUAGAUGAUUCAACGACAAGACUGUCACCCACACAGCAAUUUUCUACAGACAAGUCGACUACACAACAAUCAACUUCAAGAGAGUCUACAACAGAAGAUUUAACAAGCGAAGAGUUAACUACUAUUCCGUCAACUACAAAACAAUCAAGAACAGAGGACUCGACUACAGGAGACGGAUCAACUACUGGAGUGUCAACGACACAAAAAUCGACUACAGUUGCAUCGACUACACAAAAUCCUACAUCAACAGAACCGUCAACAGAAGAAUCUACAACAACAGACCAAUCAACGACAUUUGCCUCAACUACACAACAAUCGACAACAGUUGAGUCAACAUCUAAAGAUGAUUCAACGAGAAGAAUGUCAACCACACAGCAAUUUUCUACAGACAAGUCGACUACACAACAAUCAACUUCAAGAGAGUCGACAAUAGAAGAUUUAACAAUCAAAGAGUUAACUACUAUUACGUCAACUACAAAACAAUCAACAACAGAGGACUCGACUACAGGAGACGGAUCAACUACUGGAGCGUCAACGACACAAGAAUCGACUACAGGUGCAUCGAUUACACGAAAUCCUUCAUCAACAGAAGAAUCAACAACAGCAGACCAAUCGACGACAGUUGCCUCAACUACACAACAAUCGACAACAGUUGAGUCAACAUCUAUAGAUGAUUCAACGACAAGACUGUCAACCACACAGCAAUUUUCUACAGACAAGUCGACUACACAACAAUUAACUUCAAGAGAGUCGACAACAGAACAUUUAACAAGCGAAGAGUUAACUACUAUUAUGUCAGCUACAAAACAAUCAACAACAGAGGACUCGACUACAGGAGACGGAUCAACUACUGGAGCGUCAACGACACAAGAAUCGACUACAGGUGCAUCGACUACACGAAAUCCUGCAUCAACAGAAGAAUCAACAACAGCAGACCAAUCGACGACAGUUGCCUCAACUACACAACAAUCGACAACAGUUGAGUCAACAUCUAUAGAUGAUUCAACAACAAGAUUGUCAACCACACAGCAAUUUUCUACAGAGAAGUCGACUACACAACAGUCAACUUCAAGAGAGUCGACAACAGAAGAUUUAACAAGCGAAGAGUUAACUACUAUUAUGUCAACUACAAAACAAUCAACAACAGAGGACUCGACUACAGGAGACGGAUCAACUACUAGCGCCUCAACGAAACAAGAAUCGACUACAGGUGCAUCGACUACACAAAGUCCUACAUCAAAAGAGGAAUCAACAACAGCAGACCAAUCGACGACAAUUGCCUCAACUACACAACAAUCAACAACAGUUGAGUCAACAUCUAUAGAUGAUUCAACGACAAGACUGUCAACCACACAGCAAUUUUCUACAGACAAGUCGACUACACAACAAUCAAUUUCAAGAGAGUCGACAACAGAAGAUUUAACAAGCGAAGAGUUAACUACUAUUCCGUCAACUACAAAACAAUCAAGAACAGAGGACUCGACUACAGGAGACGGAUCAACUACUGGAGCGUCAACGACACAAAAAUCGACUACAGUUGCAUCGACUACACAAAAUCCUACAUCAACAGAACCGUCAACAGAAGAAUCUACAACAACAGACCAAUCAACGACAUUUGCCUCAACUACACAACAAUCGACAACAGUUAAGUCAACAUCUAUAGAUGAUUCAACGAGAAGACUGUCAACCACACAGCAAUUUUCUACAGACAAGUCGAUUACACAACAAUCAACUUCAAGAGAGUCUACAACAGAAGAUUUAACAAGCGAAGAGUUAACUACUAUUACGUCAACUAAAAAACAAUCAACAACAGAGGACUCGACUACAGAAGACGGAUCAACUACUGGUGCUUCAGUGACACAAGGAUCAACUACAGGUGCAUCGACUACACAAAAUCCCACAUCAACAGAAGUAUCAACAACGGCAGACCAAUUGACGCCAAUUGACAAGUCGACUACACAACAGUCAACUUCAAGAGAGUCGACAACAGAAGAUUCAACAAGCGAAGAGUUAACUACUACUAUGUCAACUACAAAACAAUCAACUUCAAAUGAGUCGACAACGAAAUAUUGA